AUGUCUUGCCUGAAUCUGAGGCUUCCGCCAGCCAAGAAGGCAUGGAAGAGUUUCACAUCCAAACUUCAAAGCAAAUUGCAUAAACUCAAAAUGUCCAAAUCUAUUAAGAAAUCAAAAUAUCGAACCAACAAUAUUAGGAACAUCACUACUUCUGCAAAAGCUGUUCGGCCACAUAUUCUGUUUGAUCAGAAACGUGAUGAAAGCAGAAAGCGGCUUGUAUACCAACCUCGUGCGCUUCCUUUUAAACAACGUAAAGGCGGCUUUGGCGAUGUCCACAAAAAAUCAGCAACUGUAUAUAUAGAUAAGCUCUUUCGAGAGGCUGUCAAUACUGGUGGGUUGGUGGCAAAGUUUCCGCCAACUACGAAGACUAUGAAGAUUCUCAAUCACCAGGGAGCGACAACGGUAGUGCCAGCAGGAACGAGCAGGGAAACUGAGAUCAAGAGAGGGGAAAGAGGCUCCACGGCGGACGAUAUGUGGGAGUCGUUGGGAUUUGCAUCUCCCCAAAUGCAAGGAAUAGAUGAAAGAGCUGAGCAGUUCAUUUUGACUUUCCGGGCAGAGAUGGAGAUUCAGGAAACAAUUGCUCGUGGAUAG